AUGACAUCGCCGUUGACAGGAGAAGCGAAGGCCGUGGGAAUCGACCGGGAGCGGAAGGUGGUCGAGGUGUGCACGGGGUCCGGGGAACGGCUGAGCCUCCCGUGGAUCUGGCUGAGGGACCACUGUCGCUCCGCGACGUCCUACAACCACCGCACCUUCCAGAGGAAGCAGGAUCUCCUCGCCAUCCCCCUUCACAUCGAGCCGACUCGUGCUCGCGUGGAGAACGACACGCUCUUCGUUCAGUGGGACGACGGCUACGAAUCCGAGAGCGGGAUCAAAUGGCUCGCCGAAAUGAGCCCCGGCCGCGGCACCGCCCUCCGCGCCUCCGUCUACUCCAAGCGAAUCCCCUGGGGCCAGGGCCAGCAACUCCACGAUCGUCCCUGGGCCCGCGUCCCCUUCUCCCAACUCAUCCAUCCGGAC